UGAAAAUGAUCCACUUUCGGAGCUCCAGCAUCAAAUCGCUCAGCCAGGAGAUGAAAUGCACCAUCCGGCUGCUGGACGACUCGGAGAUCUCCUGCCACAUCCAGAGGGAAACCAAAGGGCAGUUUCUUAUUGACCACAUCUGCAACUACUACAGCUUGCUGGAGAAGGACUACUUUGGCAUUCGUUAUGUGGACCCAGAGAAGCAGCGGCACUGGCUUGAACCUAACAAGUCCAUCUCCAAGCAAAUGAAAUCUCAUCCACCAUACACCAUGUGCUUUAGAGUGAAAUUCUACCCACAUGAACCCCUGAAGAUUAAAGAAGAGCUCACAAGGUACCUUUUGUAUCUGCAAAUUAAAAGAGAUAUUUUCCACGGUCGACUGCUCUGUUCCUUCUCGGAUGCUGCCUACCUGGGUGCCUGUAUCGUUCAAGCUGAGCUUGGUGAUUAUGAUCCUGAUGAGCAUCCUGAGAAUUACAUCAAUGAGUUUGAGAUUUUCCCUAAGCAGUCACAGAAACUGGAAAGAAAAAUAGCAGAAAUCCAUAAAAGCGAACUCAGAGGCCAGAGCCCACCAGUUGCUGAAUUUAACUUACUCCUGAAAGCUCAUACUUUGGAAACCUAUGGAGUGGAUCCCCACCCAUGCAAGGAUUCAACAGGCACAACAACAUUUUUGGGAUUCACUGCUGCAGGCUUUGUGGUGUUCCAGGGAAAUAAGAGGAUCCAUUUGAUAAAGUGGCCGGAUGUCUGCAAAUUGAAGUUUGAAGGGAAGACAUUUUACGUGAUUGGUACCCAGAAGGAGAAAAAAGCCAUGUUGGCAUUCCAUACGUCAACGCCCGCUGCCUGCAAACACCUUUGGAAGUGUGGGGUGGAGAACCAGGCCUUUUAUAAGUAUGCCAAAUCCAGUCAGAUCAAGACUGUGUCGAGCAGCAAGAUAUUUUUUAAAGGAAGCAGAUUCCGAUAUAGUGGGAAGGUUGCCAAAGAGGUGGUGGAGGCAAGUUCCAAAAUCCAGAGGGAGCCGCCGGCGGUGCACAGAGCCAACAUUACCCAGAGCCGCAGUUCCCACUCCUUGAACAAACAGCUCAUCAUCAACAUGGAGCCCCUGCAGCCCUUGCUGCCUCCCCCCAGCGAGCAGGAAGAGGACCUUCCCCUGGGUGAGGGUAUUCCUUUGCCCAGAGAAGACGACAUUUCUGCCCCCUUGAUCUCCAGCUCACCGGUGAAGGAAGCCCGGGAGUAUGAAGACCCCCCAAGUGAAGGGGAAGAUAAAAUAAAAGAAGAGCCUCUGACCAUCUCUGAACUGGCCUACAGCCCAAGUGCCAGCCUGCUCCCCACCCCGGUUGACGACGACGAGAUUGACAUGCUCUUUGACUGUCCGUCUAGGCAUGAGCUGGAAAGAGAAGACACAGAUUCGUUUGAGGAACUGGAAGCCGAUGAAAACGCCUUUCUGAUAGCCGAAGAGGAGGAGCUGAAGGAGGCUCACCGCGCUUUGUCGUGGAGCUAUGACAUUCUGAGCAGCCACCUCCGGGUGAACCCUCUGGUCAAGAGCUUUUCCCGGCUCCUGGUGGUGGGCCUGGGGCUGCUGCUCUUUGUAUUCCCCCUGCUCCUCCUCCUGUUGGAGUCAGGUAUUGAUCUCUCCUUCUUAUGUGAAAUACGCCAGACACCAGAGUUUGAGCAGUUUCACUAUGAAUAUUACUGUCCUCUCAAGGAGUGGGUGGCCGGCAAAGUAAACCUCAUUCUCUACAUGCUGGGCUGCUCGUAAAGGACAGCUUCCUCCGACUAAGGGCUAUAUUCAAUACUAGCAAUGUGCUUCUCAGCAGGUGCCUGGUUCUGAACGGGCACGGAGCCUUCGACGGGUGCUCCUUACCCAGAGCUGAUUAUUCAAAGCUUUAAGUUAGCUUUCCAUAACUCACUGCACUUAAAUAAGUUUAAAUCAGAUACAGUCAUUUUAGUUAAAGGUCAGGAAGACGGCCUUUAAGUAACCAAAAAUGUUUAUUUUUUAUUAAGUCAUAGGCAUACUCGUUAUCUAUUACAUCAAAAUACAUACUGCAUCUGAGCUGAAUUAGAUUUCCCCCUUUUAAUAGUUAGCAUCAUUAUAAGAGAUAAGGUUCAGGUUCAGAAUCAGAAUUGUAGUCAGAAUCGAAGAGCAAGUUUUUGAAUAUGAUCCUUAGUGAAAAUAAUGUCCUCUAACCAAUGCCUAUACAACUAAAUUUAUGCUGGGUUUUUGUUUUUUUAAAAAUAUUUUUAUGUGUUCAGAAUAUUUUGGUAAAUUUUUAGCAAAAAAAAAAAAAAGAAGCCUCCUGGAGUUAUUUAAUUGUACAGAUUGUAAGACUACUGCACAAAGGGCGUGUUGGGAAUUUUUUAAUGUUUUGGGACUGGUUUGUUUUUAAAAAUAUUUUUGGCUGAAAAACCC